AUGCCAAUGCCGAAUCCAGAUUAUUUAUGUAAUAGCACAAUAUUUAAUGGUAAUAUUUUGGUUUCUGGGCAUGAAAGUAAGAAUAUUUUUAUUUAUUCUCCUGAUAUUGACUCUUUUUCAACAAUUCCUUACAAUUUUGAAGAGAACACCAGAAAAAUAUUUGUAAAUUUAGAGAAAUUGUACUUGAUUGAGUGUUAUGGGAGGAUUUUUGAAAGUGAUAUUGGAGAUGAAUAUAAAUGGAAACGAAUAGCAAGCUCGGUAAUCAAUUAUAGCGCAGCUCAAGCAUAUUACUCAUAUAAUAAAGGAGAAAUCUAUAUGUCUGCUGCUUCUUAUAUUAGGAGAAUUGUAAUAUUAUGCAAUGUGUGGGGAAAUUUUUUUAACGGACUUGAUUUUACCAGUAUCUGGUAAAUUCUCAUUUAUCCAUCAUUAUGAAUACUCUUAGUUAAUAAAAUUUAGAUAAUUAAUAAUUCUAUAUAGAACUAAUGAAAUAAAUAAUUAAAUUAUACCCCUAAGAGUCUAAAAACAUAAAAAUAUAGCAAUUUAAGCAUAUAUAUUUUAAUUAAUAGAAAUUCUUUUUAGCAUCACGACCAAUAAUACGUUUUUGAUCAAAAUUUAUAUUUUAAUCUUAUUAUUGUUAGAUCUUAAUUUUCCAGAUCGGAUUUAACAUUUUUAAAAAAUCUGCCAUCUUUAAUUUUGUAUAUGGCUUUAAAAAUUAAAGCUGGAAGGGCUUUUAACCCAAUAAUACCUAUUCAAAAUUUAACUUAUAUCUUAUUAUUAAUAGAUCUUUAUUUUCAGUGUUUCAGAUUUUAACACUUCUUAAAUAAAAGAUGGCAUUUUGAAAUAUAAGUAACUAAUCAUGGUUUUAUUGCUUAAAUCAUUGUCAGCUGCCAUUAAUUUUGCUAAUCAUUACUAACAAAUAUAAGAAGCAUAAAUUUUAAGUCAUAUUUUGCUCAAUAUUAUGCCAUAAAAGCAGCUAAGCUAUAUUGGAUGCACUGGAAUUCAUAGAAGCUACUACAAGUUUAACUUACUCCUACGUUUUUGAGAACGAAAUAUCAAAAACCCUACUUUACAAGAAAAUUAAGCUUCCAAAAUUUGUUUUUUUUAUUAGAAAUUAUGUUUGCAUAAAAUAUUUUAUUUAUUAUAAUCGUAAAAUCUAUUAAAUUUUAAACAGUUUACAUCCUAAAAUAUUAAUUUUAUUAAUUAAAUUAUCAAAUAUUAUGCCUAGUUCUUUAUUUUAGACCCUAUAAAAUACUCCCAUUAUCAGACUAAUAAGAUCAUGCACCCUAACCAUGGGGGAGAGAUAGAAAACAAAUUAAUGGCUAGAAAAUAA